CAGAAAAAAGAAAACACAAAAAUAUGCAUUUCUGACAUGGAAAUGACGAAUUGCUGGCAAGCACCACAAUGUGCUCCACACCAGGCGACUGUGCAGCUUUAAGUGAGUGAGGAAAGAGCGCGCUUUUCUGCAAACCACACACAUUUUUUUGGUGCAGCUUGUGCCAUGACACUGGUGCGCUGCGUCCCGUGAACGAGCUGCUGUGCUUUUUUCUUUUCUUUUCUACCUCUCUCUCUCUCUCUCUCUCUCUCCCCCCUUCUCUCUCUCGCUCGCUUUCUCUUUCCUUCGCUGUCUGGACCCUGCCAUGUCCUAUCCACAGUUUGGAUACCCAUACUCGUCUGCGCCACAGUUCCUCAUGACCACCAGCUCUCUGACCUCUUGCUGCGAGUCAAGCUCCAGGUCCGUGCCGGACUCAAGCAUGGCCACCUCGGCACAGCCUCCAGUUUACUGCCCUGUCUAUGAGAGCAGGCUGCUGGCCACUGCCCGGCACGAGCUGGUCUAUGGCAGUCCAUACACCAGCGGACAGGGCUACGGCAAUUAUGUUGCAUACGGCACAGACGCCUCAGCUUUUUAUUCACUGGGUGCAUUUGACACAAAGGAUGGGACGGCCUCUGCGCAUGCAGGGAUCACUCAGGCUGCUGCCUACUACCCCUAUGACCCCACCCUGGGGCAGUACCAGUACGACAGAUAUGGCUCUAUGGAUGGAGGGACCAGGAGGAAAAAUGCCACCCGUGAGACCACCAGCACGUUGAAGGCCUGGCUGCAGGAGCACAGGAAGAACCCCUACCCCACCAAGGGCGAGAAGAUCAUGCUGGCCAUCAUCACCAAGAUGACCCUCACCCAAGUCUCCACGUGGUUUGCCAAUGCCAGGAGGAGACUCAAGAAGGAGAACAAGAUGACCUGGCCACCAAGGAACAAGUGCUCAGAUGAGAAGAGAUACGGGGAAGACGAGGAAGGCUCACAAGAGGAUCAAAUAAAAAGCGAAACGAACGAUGACGAGAGCAGAAGUCGAGAGGAUAAGGACCUUCAGCUUAGCGACCUGGACGACUUUGACGCCAUUGAGUCAGAAAGCUCUGAGUGUGAGCUGAAGCAUCAAUUCCACAUGAACGCGCACCCGCCCAGUACCGAGCACCUCAAGGACACUUCCCUGAAGCUGUCCAUUGGACCCUCACUGGAGGGGGACCGCGACCUGGCCAAGAGCUGCUUAAAAACUGCAGCUGCCGAAGACCUGGAGCGCGACCCAGGUGACAUGCGGCAGACCAAGACCUGCUUCCAGCAAGGUCACCAAGUGCUGGACAACAAACCACGCAUUUGGUCACUGGCCCAGACCGCCACCUCAUUGAACCAGACAGAAUAUCCAUCCUGUAUGCUCAGAUGCCAGCCGGCCAUGCCCUCCUCCCCUGAGGCGUCAUCACCUACUAGUGGCCUGGACAGACAGCAGGACUCCCCAGUCACAACCCUUAGAAACUGGGUGGAUGGGGUUUUUCAUGACCCCCUGUUUAGACACAGCACUUUGAACCAAUCGCACACUAACACAUCAGUUUCUUGGACCAUGACCAAAGGCUCCAUCCUGGAGAUGGGCGCACCGGAGCGCACGGCAGGAAGCAACGGGAUAAAAGGACACACCAUUGCUUUGCAGCAUCAAGAGCCCAAUAAGGAUAACAUGGCUUUCCCCAAAGCGAUGAACAAAAUGUUUUGCUCCUAACCCACCUGAUCAACAUCAGCACAAAGAAAGAUGCAUUUGGAAUAUGCUGUUGUGACAGUUGAUGAGAAAAAAAAUGCUGAUCUGUGUUUGGAUGGGUCCAAAAAGCUAUUGGACAUUUUUUUUAAACAUACACACACACAUAUAUAUAUAUGGAUAUAUAUAUUUGCUUGAUCAUGGGGAAUUGUAUGUAAUGACUGUUCUAUUGACAUUUUAUUUCUGAUGGGAUCAGUUUAUUAAUAUAUGUAUAUUUAUAUAUUUUCUUCUUCUUCUGUUAAACAGCGCACGUUAUGUAAAUGUACAACUGGAAGCUUACUUUUUGAAAAAGAGGUUUACAAUUUUGUUGUAUUUAUUUAUUUUCUUUUUUCUUUAGCAUGCAUAUGUUGGUAAUCAUUAUGGGACUUUUUCUUUAAAACUCGGUCAUGAAUUGGACGACCUGCGUAUCACUGUAGAAAAAAAAUAAGAAAAGAAACUAAAUCUCACACAAGAAGCCUACACACAAUUUUCCUUCAGACCUGGGGGCUGUUUUAAAUUUGUUCACCAUAAUAAAGGGUCGGUUUUGGCUGA